CCUCGGUCUCUGCACAAAUACUGGAAAAGAAACUCAUCGACGACUUGACUCCUACGGACACCCGCAAAACACCCUCCCAUCCGCUCAUCCGGAGAAGAAGCAGUAAGCAACUUGCCUCCGCCCUUCGCCAUCUUCCAACGUGCUGCGCCAGAUGGCUACAGCCCCACCGGAAGCAACCUUCCUCAAUACCACCCUCUCCCAUCUCCCCGACGAGAUCCGCGCCCAAAUAGCCCCUCUUCUCUCUUCCGAGUCGAACGUCCAUGUUCUGGAGAAUUUCACCCGAUUUCUAUCCGGCGCCGCGCCUGCGCCUGCUUCCUUCACUCCCGUCUCCGAUGCAUGGCAGGACAAGCAGCGAACGCUCGCGGAAGCGCUGAAUGGGCUUCGCGGGGCUUCUUCUGGGACGAAGCGCUCGUUGGAAGCGGAUGAGGCAUCUGGCUCUGAUCCCAAGCGACAGCGCGUGUCGGAAGAGACGACGCGGUACCGGCUGCACGGGAUCUCUGUGACCUCUCCGAUUCGCAAGAAGGUCGAUAUUCUCGUGACUGACGAUGCCAUUGUCCUCGUGAACCCGGCGACCUCAGCGGUCGAGGCCAGUGUGCCGCGCUCCGCGAUAACACGCUCGUUUAUUCUGCCUACUCGGGGAAAAACGAAAUCUCACUACACGGUGGUGAUGCUCGAUGCGGACGUCGUUCGUCCAGCGAAAGGCAAAACUGCCGCACAAGCCUCCGCACAGGUCAUCUUCGGCAUUGACGCGCAGGCGCCUGCCAACACAAAGGUCACACCCACAACCGGACAGACCACCACACUCGAAAAGGGCUCCUCUGUGCAUACCUAUCUGCGCGCCUUCCUUGAAGCGGCCCGCGCGCCUAUCUACGAGCCCUCCGGCGACACCCUCAAGAGCGCACACACCACGAGUGCCGGCACCAGCGCCUCUACCAACGGCAUUCCCGGCGUUGAGGCGUACCGCGGGGCGAAGCCCGGCACCCUGUGGUUCUUCGAGGAGGGCCUCCUCUGGGGCGAAAGCAAGCCCUGCGAAUUCUGGGCCGUCCAGGACCUGCUGGGCGCCACCGACGGCGUGCGCAUCCUAAGCGCGACGGGGCGCACGCUCUCGGUCACGCUCACGCGCCGCAGCGCGGAAGUGGACGAAGAUGGAGAAGAUCUUGGGGAGGAGACGCAGCUUAGCAUGAUAGACGGGCGGGAGCAAGACGGUAUUGCACUGUGGGUGCGCAAGCAUCGACAUCUUUUCGGCAAGAGCGCGGAGGACGCGGCGAGGGAGGAGCAGAACGGGAGCAAGCCGCUGAGGGCGCCGGCGCCAGUCGGGCCGAUUACGAUCCACCAGCUGGCGGCGGAGUCGGACGAUGAGGAGGACGAGGAUUUCCAGGGAAGCAGCUCAGACGAGGGCAGUGGCUCGGAGUCGGGAGAGGAGGUGGCGGGGAGCGAGGACGCGGAAGGAGAAGAAGAUGAUGACGAAGAGGGCGAGGCUGCAUCGAGCGACGAGGAGAUGGCGGACGGAGACGAUGCGGAGGCAGAUGGAGACGGCGACGCGAUGGAACUGGACGAGCGGCACCAUCCGCUAUUGCGACCUGGGGCCAUGCCCAAGAUGUCCCGCGCGGCGAUGGACGCGGUGGUGGGCAUGGUCGAGCGCGAUCUCGCAGGAGCCGACGACGGCGACGGCGCAGACGACGGAGAGGAGGAAGAGGACGAGCUGGAUGACUAGACGCGCAUGGAAAGGAGGUCGGCGCUAGAUGGCAUGCAGUCAGUCAAUAGUAUGAAAACCACAACGAACACCCGUUAGUACAACAUCGCCCAUCAAUACAACGUCGCCCAUCC